UAACCAAUUCCAAAGUGCUGCAAGUAAAUAUGGGGAGGAGCUUAGUUCUUGCACAACCAGUUUGCUGCUGACGAAAGACAAGUUGGGAAUGUUUUCAUCAGUGCACACGACUACAAAGAGGCUACAGCAACUUCAGAGUCAUAUUUUGCCGGAAAAUAAGGAGAUCCAAGCAAUGGCAAGUCCUCUGACCACACACGUGCUGAACACCGCCAAGGGUGUCCCUGGGGUCAAUAUAGCCCUCAGCCUACAUCGACUGGACCCAUCAACUGAGACCUGGCUGUUGAUUAACACUGGCCACACAAAUGCUGAUGGCCGUUUCCCGGGACUCAUCACAAAACAGGACUUUCUGUGUGGUGUAUACAAAUUGCGAUUUGAAACUGCUCAGUACUGGGAAAGCAUGGGGGAGACCUCCUUUUACCCAUAUGCUGAGAUUGUCUUCACAAUUACCAUCCCAGACCAAAAGUGCCACGUACCGCUGCUCUUGAGUCCAUUCUCGUAUAGUACCUACAGAGGAAGCUAGAGGUCAAGUGCGUGGUGACCUUUGGCAAUUGGCAUCGCUCUUUCUUGUGACCAUUCAUCCCAUUCUCACUCUGACUGACAAUUGUAUAGCCAUUUUACUCAAAACACAAAUGUGCCAACAAUUUGAUUAUUUCCAAGAAAAGGGCAAUACAACCAGUAUUAGUUUUUAAAAUUAAAUAAUAUGGUGGUGAUACACUGAAUUUAAGUUUCAUACUUUAUGUGUGUGUUUUAGAUUGUGAAUCAGAUUAUUAAACGUGGGUCUGAACAUAAUAUGUAUUGCUUUGUAAGAGGAAUGACUGAAGUAGGGUACAAAUAAAUUAUUUUUAAAAUGUGAGAAA